UUAAUAAAUUUGUAUCUAAAUUUUAAUUGUGUUUUUUUGUUGUUUUUUUCAAAAAUAAUCCUAAUUUUGAAGAUGAAAAAACACUUGGAGACUAUAGUAUUCUUAGCUGCUUUUAACGUAUAUUUAUCCAAAUGCGAUGAAAUUAGUAUAAGUAAUGCUACGGCUGCUCCGAAUAACAUUUUAGAAAUACAGCUUUUGGGGGAGGCUAACCAAAAAUUUACCUUCGAGUUACUAAAAUCUCUACAAAAUAUAAAUGUAGGCCCUAUAGCUGUAUCGAAUCAAAAGAAUUUGGUAUUUUCGCCGUUCAGUAUUGGUCACGCAUUGAGCCUUUUAUUACUUGGAGCAGGGGGAGAAACGUUUAAGGAAUUGUUAAAUACCUUGCAUUACCGAGAUUUAUUUCGCGGAUCCAACCAAAUUACUCCUAAGGAUCAAGAAAUUCUGCAUUCAGUCAUACUGAAUGCUACUCAAACUCUUAAGCACUACGGUAAUUCGACAGUAGAGAUAUCUAACGGUAUAUAUCCCGAUGAAAGUAUCAAAAUUGACCCCGCAUUCGCCCAAAAAGCUUCCAAAUAUUAUGCGGCACAUGUUCAGGCUAUGAAUUACAAAAUGAAAUCAUAUGAAGCCGCUAAGAGUAUCAAUUCCUAUGUUUCAAAGGCUACGAAAGGGUUAAUAAGGGACUUACUACCUCCCGGAUCUCUUAAUUCAGACACCAGAGUUGUCAUAGUUGAUACAAUUUACUUUAAAAGUGAUUGGGAAUCGCCCUUUAACCCAAAAAACACUGCCAAAAGGUCUUUCAUAAGAGACGAUAAAAAGGUAGAAAAGAUUAAAAUGAUGCAUGACAUAAGGUUAGUACAAUACGGCGAAACUCGUCUAAAAAACAUUGCACCCUUAACAACUUCCGUUCCAGAUCAAAAGAUCAAAGUGCUCAAAAUGCAAUAUAUGAAUCCGAAUUUAGCCAUGUUUUUUGUGCUCCCCGAGAAAAGGGGGUUAACAAAUUUGAUAAAUGUCUUAUCUACCGCUUCCUUCGCUUCACUGAUAAAUAUCGCGGAAAACGUUAUGGUCGAUAUUGCCUUGCCUAUUUUCAUAACAAGUUAUGAUGUCACUCUUUCUAGGACCCUCAAAAAUCUCGGCCUCCGAAGUCUAUUCGAGAGCAUAGCGGAUUUCACCGGCUUAACAGGAUCCAAUGAUUCUAGCAUCGAUAAUUUGUUCAUUAGUGAAGUAUUUCACAAAGCUAUGAUCGAAGUGAAUGAGAUAGGAACUGAGGGUGUAGCCUCUACCGGUAUAGCGACGUCUAGGGAAUUAUCAAUGCCCCAAGAAUUCAAUGCAAAUAGACCCUUCCUAUAUUUUAUCUUCGAUUCUCUGAACGGAAAUAUAUUGUUCCUAGGAACUUACAUAAAAAAAACAAUGAGAUAAAAUCAAAUAAUUUAUAUACGAAAAUUUCUCUCUUUAAAUUGGUUUAAACAUUAUAUGUCAAAAUUCCUUUGUUCUUAAUUUGGUGUUUUUCAUGAUAUUAAAUAAAG